AUGACCCACGUGAUAAGACGUUUCUUGACGACAAGUCAGGCAAAGAAACUAACAAUAGGCUUAAUACCGGCUGAUGGUAUUGGGAAAGAAGUUAUUCCUGGUGCGAGGCAAGUUCUCGAAGCGCUAUCAAAUAUUGGUGGUGAUAGCCCUAGUUUUAGUUUUAUAAACCUAGAUGCCGGAUUUGAAUAUUUUCAAAAAAAUGGAACUGCCUUACCAGAUGAAACUUUAGAAAUUAUGAAAAAGGAAUGUGAUGGGGCACUUUUUGGAGCUGUUAGGUAA